AUGAAGAAUAUCCGCUAUAAUUUGGGCCUUCACUAUGACGGUGACCCAUGCCAAUGGUAUGGCGUAAGUUGCAGUGAAAAUGAGGGUAAUGAUAUUGUAGGACUCUACUUCUCUCAUUUCAAUAUGAAUAACAGUAUUUGGCAGUAUGUAUGUAAGCUGCCAGCCCUUCAACUUCUUGAUCUCAGUGACAAUGGCUUACAAAGCCCAAUCCCUGAGUGUGUUGGCAGCUUUGCCAAUUUGAAAAUUUUGCGUCUCUCUUCCAAUUUAUUAUCAGAAUCUAUUCCUCCGCAAUUGUUUUCUAUGAAGAAUCUGAGCACCCUUGAUCUAACCCACAAUCAACUGACAGGGCCUAUUCCUCCCCAAUUGUUCUCUUUAAGCAAUCUGGCGUAUCUGGACCUUUCCUAUAAUAAUCUUUCCGGAAAUAUCCCUAUUACCCUGAGCAACCUGAGAUUUAUAGAAUCUUUGGAUAUUUCCAACAACAGGUUGACAGGCGAAAUUCCAGAGGCUCUAGGGAAUCUGAGUGAGCUUCACUGGUUGAACUUGUCACACAACAAAUUAACGGGACAAAUUCCAGAGGCUUGA